AGCUGGCACCGCCCACCCUCUGUGCUGGGGGGCAUGGGCCUCAUCACGGGUGCAGCCAGGUGUGGGGCGGCUUGGAAGUGCCAGGCGGGGCUCAGCCUGGGGGGCGCUGCAUUCCCCACCUCCUCUGCCCACGCUUGGCCUCCGUCCCGAGCCAGCCGGUGAAUAAGCAGGGGUCGCCCAGCCAGCUCCCCGCGAGGGACAACUCAGAGCUGCACCGUCGGGACGGGCUCCCCAGAUUAUCCGCCCCUUGGAGCCAGAAGCCCCCUCAUUGCCUGGGAGCAGCCCGGCCCCCGGCCCAUCCCUGAUGGCCGUCUACAAAGUCCAGGUGUCCACCGGCCAGGGCGCCCUGGCUGGCACUUUUGACACCAUCUCCAUCACCCUGGUGGGCAUCGACGGGGAAAGCCCCAAGCAUCUGCUGGACCAAUAUGGGUUGGACUUUCAGCCGGGAUUAGUGCAGGAGUACGAGGUGCCCAGUGAGCGAGCCCUGGGGCCCAUCGUGCUGAUCCGGCUCCACAAGGAACCCUACUCCGUAUUCCCCGAGAGCAUGUGGUACUGCAACACGCUCCGGGUGACGUCCCCCGAGGGGGACACCUACCAAUUUCCCUUUUAUCGGUGGAUUCAGGGCUACUGCACCGUGGAGCUGGUGGAAAGCACAGCUCAAAUCCCUAGUGACGACUCCCACUACCUGCUUCAGAAGUACCGUCAUGAGGAGCUGGUGCUGCAACAGGAAAGAUAUAGGUGGAAGGAGUACAUCCCUGGCACCCCCUGGUGUGCCGACAUCGACAGUGCCCUGACCGCCGAGGUCAACAUCCAGUAUUCGUUCCCCAAGGCCUCUGCUUUCUUCGGGCGUGGCUCAGCGGCGGUGCUGGAGUCCAAGCUGAAGGGGUUCCUGGACCGGCCGUACUCCUGGGAGAUGUUAACUGACAUCCCAAAGAUUUUCUGGUUCUAUCACAGCCCCGUCUCAGAGUACGUCACUGAGCACUGGAAGGAAGAUGCUUUCUUCGGGUACCAAUAUCUGAACGGGUUCAACCCCGUUCUGAUCCGGAAAUGCUCGGCGCUCCCGGAGAAUUUCCCCGUGACGCAGGAGAUGGUGGCCGGCUCCCUGGGGGAAUCCACCAGCCUCCGGGAGGAGCUGCAGAGAGGGAGCAUCUAUCUAGCAGAUUACAAGCUCCUGGAAGACAUUCCCACCAUUGAAGUGAACGGGCACCAGCAGUACAUCGCCGCGCCCCUGUGCCUGCUGCACCAGAAACCCAGCGGGGAGGUCGUCCCCUUGGCCAUCCAGCUCAGCCAGCGCCCAGAUCCCGAAAGCCCCAUCGUCCUGCCCAGUGACUCCGACUGGCUCUGGACUCUGGCCAAGACCUGGGUGCACAGCUCCGAGUUUCACCUGCACGAGGUCACCUCCCACCUGCUCCGCGCCCACCUGCUGGCCGAGGUCUUCUCAGUGGCAAUCCAGCGCCAGCUGCCCAUGUGCCACCCCCUGUACAAGCUCCUGAUCCCUCACAUCCGGUUCUCCAUCCACAUCAAUGUCCUGGCCCGGACCUUUCUCAUCAGCUCCGGGGGCGUAUUCGAUCGGGCCAUAGCGACCGGGCGACCAGGCCUCGCCGAGCUUCUCCGCAAGGGCCUGGAGAACCUGACCUACACCACGCUCUGCCUUCCCGAUGACAUCCAGGAGCGCGGUGUCAGCUCGCUCCAGAACUACUACUACAGGGACAAUGGGCUCAAGAUCUGGGCAGCUAUAGAGAGUUUUGUCUCCGGCAUCGUGGGGAUCUACUACCAGACCAGCCUCUCGGUGCAGAGUGACCACGAGCUGCAGGCGUGGGUGGGCGAGAUAUUCACCAAGGGAUUCCUCGACCGGCAGGCGUCGGGCGUCCCCUCGGCUCUGGGCACCGCGGCUGAGCUGACCAAGUACCUGACCAUGGUGAUCUUCACCUGCUCUGCGUAUCACGCCGCCGUCAACUCCGGGCAGUUCGAGCUGGCAGUCUUCAUGCCCAAUUACCCAUCAUCCAUGAGGAAGCCGCCACCCCAGAACAAGGCCAACGUGACCCUGAAGGAGUUCCUGGACACCAUCCCUGAGAUGAACACCACCCGCCUGAUCCUCUCUGUCCUCUGGGUGCUGCGUAAUGAGGAUCAGGACAUGAGACCCCUGGGGACAUACCCCGAGGAGCACUUUACCGAACACGGGCCAAAGCAGCUCAUGGCUGCCUUCCAGGAUCGCCUCGCAGAGAUCUCCCGGGAAAUUGAGGAGAGGAACCAGUCACUAGCUCUGAGCUACAACUAUAUGUAUCCCCCUAACAUAGAGAACAGCACAGCCAUAUAACACCCAGAGGUGCCACCCCUCCAACUGCCCCGUGAUGGAGACCCCCUCACCCGGACACUCACCGCUGAAUGCCCCCCACAGGACCAGGCCAACAGCAUCUCCACAGCCAAAUGCUCACUGGCGUCCUGAGCGUGGGGGUGUGCACGGGGUGUGCCCAGGGACACCCUAAUGCCCUGCUGAGCUCCGGCUGCUCCUCCCCCUCCCCGGCUGGAGGCUUUGGGGGGGCUGCAGCAGUUGCAAGCAGUGAUGGCGGCGGAGCCCUGUUCACAUCGCUGCUGGCCCCAGCGGCGCGGGGUGAGUGGAGGCGGCCCGGCC